AUGAAUUUGCCGCCGUGCGCCGCGCUGGGCUCCUCGGAGGAGCUGCCUUGCUCCGUGUCUUCGCUGCGCCUGCAGCAGUCUACCGCGCGGCGCUACUCACUUGCAUAUGAUCGUAUUGUUCUGGAGGGGCGCUGGAGCGGCAGGUGGUAUCCUUCUGUGAAGAAGGCCGCGGGGUUGCGCUGCUUCGUCUACACACCGCGGGACUACGCUGAGACCCGCGAGCUGUGGGUGCACACGGCGGUGAAUGAGUUGCGGUGCUGCCUCCAGGCAGAGAAUCCGCGCAUGGUGCGGCGGACGGACGGCGGCAUUGCUACAUGGCUGCAGGAGUGUCUUCUUCACAGUGGGGCUUUGCACCGCUGCUGCGAUACGUUGUUGCAGGCGGCGCAGGCGGAUGCCGCCAAAGCUAGGUGGCGAGCGCCUUCCCGGGCGACAGCGCUGCGGGAGCUCGCAUGA